UAUGUCUAAGCUGACUUUAGAUGGUGUGGACAUUAUGGGUGAACGACUGGCGAAGGAGGUCCUUGAGAUUAUUCAAGAAAAGCCAAAUUUAUGCAAAAUCUCUUUUGUUGCACAUUCGGUUGGAGGAUUGGUAACUAGAUAUGCAAUUGGGAGACUGUAUAGACCACCUAAGGAAGAAUUUAAAGAGGAUACAUCAAGUAACAGAUGCAAGGAGGAAGCGAGGGGUACAAUCGGUGGUUUGGAGGCUAUGAACUUCAUCACUGUUGCUUCUCCUCAUCUUGGUUCAAGGGGUAAUAAGCAGGUACCAUUUCUUUUUGGGGUGACUGCUUUUGAGAAAGCUGCAAGUUGUGUUAUUCAUUGGAUAUUUAGGAGAACAGGUCGGCACCUUUUCCUUACUGAUGAUGAUGAAGGAAAGCCACCGCUGCUUAAGCGGAUGCUGGAUGAUUGUGAUGAGUUUUAUUUCAUGUCUGCUUUACGUAUAUUCAAACGCCGGGUUUUGUAUUCCAAUGUGGCCCACGACCAUAUUGUGGGCUGGAGAACCUCGUCAAUAAGACGGAAUAGUGAACUGCCAAAGUGGGAGGAAUCUCAAAAUGAAACAUAUCCACAUAUUGUAACCGAAGAACACUGCAAGGCAUGCAACAAUGAUCAGUAUGAAACUAUUUCAGCGGAGGAUUAUGGGUCAUCUGACAAGCUAGAAGAGGAACUGAUAAGAGGCCUAACCCGAGUUUCGUGGGAAAAAAUAGAUGUUAAUUUUCACAGAAGUAAACAGAGAUUUGCUGCUCAUAGUGUCAUACAGGUUAAAGAUCAAGUAUUGCAUAUAGAAGGUGCAGAUGUCAUCCAACAUAUGAUAGAUAAGUUUCUUACAUGAAACCAUCAUUCUUUGAAAUACAUAUCGUAUGUGUAGAUGCAAUGUUCUUUUCACCACUGAGCUCCCCGUAUUUGUCGACUGUUAAGCUAUCAAUCG